UAGACUUUCGGUUAACCCUGGCUACUCAGGUUCUGUGAUUUUCAACGUAACAAAAUAUUAAAACGACAUUUAUCGCGAGUUUUAAAAUUAACAUUUAAUUAAUAAAAUUAUAUUCAAAAAAAAAAAUAUAACAUGCCUCAAAAUUAGUUGUUUAUUCUUUUUGAAUAAAAAAAAUUUUAUUGGAUUAAAUUAGCCAACAAGUUUCUCGCCGACAAAGUGAAUCAAGUGCUCCAAAAUUAUAUAAAUAAAUUUGUUUGUUUUAAAUACUUAAAACACCAUGACAUCUUAUAGAAAUUACAAUGAUCCUGGGUCAUACAGGCCAAGAAGUGGCGCCAGCGUAGGCGUUUCGUUGGCCCGAAAUUCAACGAGUAACACAGGUUUAUCAAGCUAUCGUACUGGUUACAGUGGAGGAUUAAGUAGUGCACGUGCUCCAUCAUCAUCUUCAUCAUCAUCAACAACAACAAAAACAUCAUCUGGAUAUGGUGCUGGAUUUACAAGACGAGACAAAGUUAAUGAUGAUAAACCAACUUAUAAAUUUACAUCUGCAAAGACAGAUACAAGUAGAUUGAAUACAGGUCGUACAUCAGCUGAAGAUUUGCGUGCAAAAAGUCCAGUGUCAGAACGUUCUUCAUCAUUGUAUGAAAAAUAUAGUUAUAAUCCAAAUAAAACAACAACAGUACUUGAUAAAUAUAAUCGUGGUUUAACAACGCGUAAUAAAAAUACAGAUAUACCACAACGUUAUGUUGCAAGUUCAUAUCAAGGAAGUGGACUACGUAAUUAUGAAACAAGAACAAUUGAUAAUAAUAAAAAUGAACGUAAUGAUCAUUCCAAUACAUAUAAAAAUACAACACAACGUAAUAAUAAUACAUCAACAUCAUCAAGAAAUUCACGUGAACCAAGUCCUGAAGUUGGCACAAAGGGUAUUCGUGUUUAUCCAAGAGUAACAAACUAUGCCAAAACUGGAAGCACAACUGAAGGAACACCAAUUGCCCCAAGGUACACCACAAGCUCUUCAAGAUUCACUGGGUCCAUAUCGCGAAAUCCAUCAGAACGUAGUUGUACCAAUGCCGGAAGCUAUUCUGGUGCAGAAAGGCUUCAUUCUUCAUCCAGUGUUAAAAGUUUGGCAAACUACAAAGAAAAAGUACCAAGUGAAUUGACUAAAGAAGAACAAGAAAAGGAAAUUCAUUUUGAUAAUAUUGAUAAUGAUGAUGAUGAGAUUAAAAAUAAUGAAAAUUUAAAUAAUACAGAAAAUAUAAAUCAAAUUAAAAAUGAUAAAGAUAAUAAAGAAAAUAAAAUUGAGGAAGAAGAAAAAAAUGAUGAAAAAAUAAUAGUAAUUGUUGUAACACGUGGUACAUCACCAGGACCACCAGCAUCAUCAGCAUUUGUACGUAAUAGACGUGCUGAUGCAUCACGUCAAAUACAAAGAGAAUUAAUAAAAUAUAAAAAUAAAAUAAUUGAAACAAAAGAUGCUGAAAUACAAUCAGAUAAAAUUGAAGAUACAACAAGAUAUUCAAGAUUUUCUGGAACAAGAGUAUGGCCAUCCUAUGUUGAUAAGUAUCAGUCAACUAGUACAUAUUCAAGAGGAUAUAGUCCAAGAAUAAGUAACUUUGGCUAUCGACAACUUGAUAACAAUUCUACUUCAAAACUAACUGAGCCAACAACAAAAAUUUCAAGUGUCGUCAAUCAACAAGUUACAAAUGAUGAUAAUAAAAAUAAUAACAAUAACUUAAAUGAUACAAAAGAUGAAAAGAAAAAAAGUAUUAAAAAAAAAGAUUCAAUAACGUCAUCAUCGUCAUCUGAAAGUUUACAAAUAUCAAAUGCAUCCAAGUCAGUAUCACGUAAUGGCUCAAGUAAAUCAUUGAAUCAACAACAGCGUCAAAUGACACGUGGAGAUUCAUCAGAUUCAACUGUCAGUUUGCCAACUGGCAAAUCUAAAUCAACGUCAUCAUCAUCAGCAUCUUUGUCGUCAUCAGUUUGUGGAUUGAGUCAAGGAGUAAAAAUAAAAAGCAACAGUGCCUCUUCAGCAGUUACAAAUUCAACACUAUCAUCAACAAAACAAAGUACAAAUAAUUCUUCUUCACCUUCAUCUGCAUCAUCAGUACAAACAGGUAAUACAAGAACAACAAGUUGUUCACCAGAUACAACACGUGGUAAACCACCAGUACCAAAAAAUAAUAUUAAUAAUAAUGAUUCAAAUAUUAAUAAUAAUAAAACAACAAAUUUAACAAAAUAUUUUCAUAAAGAUAAUCGUAGUAAAUCAUUACAAAAUAUGAAUGAUAAAAAUAAACAAAAAAAAUAUACAAAAAGUUUAUCACCAGGUUCACAAGAAUCAGACAAAAAUAAUUAUGAUAAUAAUAACAACAACAAUACAAUUAAAACAUUAAAAACAACAAAAACAAUAUCAAAAAGUCCAUCAUUACCACGUUAUGUUGUAUUAAAAAAUUCAAGAAGUAAUUCAAUAUCACCAAGAGCAAUUAAAAAUUCAUUAAGUUCAAAUUCUGAUAGUUGUGAUACAAGUAGUAGUGAUUCAUCAUCAAGUGAUAAUAAUGAUGACAAUACAUCAGACAUACAUAAUAAUAAAAUUUGUAAAAAGAAAAAAAAAAAAUUAAAUACAUCAAAUAGUGAAAUAAAACGUGGUUGUAUUAGUGGUGCUUCAUCAAGAACAAGUAUACUUGUAUCAUCUGCUGAUGAAUUAUCAUUAACAAUGGAUAAACCACCAAGACCACCAUCAAAUUUACGUUCACGUAGUGAUAAAUCAUCAACAACAGCAACAACAAAAUCAGAAGAAGCUAAAGCAUUUUUAAUACGUACAUUAGCACCAGUUACAAAUCAAUAUAAAAAUAAUCAUGAUGAUUAUGAUAAUGAUAAUGAUUAUAGUGAUAAAAAAAAUUCAAUUAAAAAAACAAUUAAUAAUCAAAAAAAUAUAUCAAAGAGUCAAAGUUUUACGAAUUCAGAAAUGAAUUCUGAUAAAACGAAAAAUGGUACUUUGAUACAUCAAUCUUCUGGGGAUAGACCAUGGUGGCUCGAUUCAAACUCAGACAAUGUACCAGAGGGAGUUGAAAAAGUAAACAUAUGUCAUGAUGAAAUCAGCCAAGAGACAACUGUCAGUAUAAAUCUUCCAGACGAUGGUAAAUUUAGAUCAAGACCAUGGAGACAAGAUUCUGGUGAACGUGCUUGGUGGCUUGAACAAGAUGAUAAUAAUACAACAACAAAUAAUGAAUUGUCAGUGUCACCAGUGAUACCAAGACGUAAUUCAAGUCGUUCAACAACAAAAUCAAAUGAGCAUAAAAAUAAUAAAUUAAAACAUCAACAAUCUGGUGAACGUGCAUGGUGGAUGAGUGAAGAUCCAAGUGAUGUACCUGAGGGUAUUGAAGUUUAUUCACCAGUUGAAAUUUUAUCACCAACAACAAGUUUAAAUAAUCAAAAUACAUUUGAUGAUGAUAAUCAACGUACGACAAAUUCAAAUAGAAUAAGACACGUUGAAUCUGGUGAAAAAGCAUGGUGGAUGGAUAAUAAUUCAGAUAUACCCGAAGGCAUUGAUAUUAUAACACAUGAUAUUGAAUCAAAUAGCAAUUCUGAUUCAUCUGAAUCAUAUGAAAAAUAUGAUAUUCACAAUACAUCAAAUUCACAAUCAAUAAUUUUAUCAAAAUUUCCAAUUGAAUUUCCACCACCACCACCACCACUACCAACAACACCAACAACAACGACAACAACACUUUCAGAUGAGCCACUUGGUGAUCGUGCUAGUCCUGAGGGAGGAGAAAAUCCUCCAGCACCACCAGAAUUUUAUAAAGGUCGUAGUUGUUCACCUUACGACAAUCUUCAACUAUUAAAUUGUUCAUUGCCAUCAAGAAAAUCUUCACCACGUAAAAGACCAUCAACUUUACCCCUCUUUAUUGGUAAUCACACGAAUAUUGAUGAUCUUCUUGGUAAUUUAUCACCCCUUCAAAGUCCUGUUAUGUCACGUAUAAGAAAUCAAGAAAUCAAUGAUAAUUCAGAUGAAAGUUCUGAAUGUGAGGAAAUUGAUGCUGAUCAAGUUAUCAUUCAUGAUAGUACACCAAAGACCUCUGUUAUUCAACGUUGCAUAAGGGACAUUGAACGACCACAACCGGAUGGCUACAUUCCGCUGGAUGAUACUGCACUUCAACUUUACAAAGAUGGUGAUUAUGGUGCUUAUUUAGAUCUCGAAGCAUCUAUCAGUGAACAGCAAGAAGAAUUUGAAGGCUUUCAAACAAAUCGAAAAAAUUCAAUUGUUCUUCGAACGCAGUUGUCAGUACGAGUCCAUACAAUAAUAGAAAAAUUGUUGAACAGCGAGGGCCGCGAGUUGAGACGAGCACUCUUUUCUCUCAAGCAGAUAUUUCAGGAGGAUAAGGACUUGGUGCAUGAGUUUGUACAGAAUGACGGCUUGGCGUGUCUCAUCAAGGUCGGCAACGAGGCAGACCAGAAUUACCAGAAUUAUAUACUACGAGCACUUGGCCAAGUGAUGCUUUACGUUGAUGGUAUGAAUGGAGUUAUGGAACAUGGCCAAACAGUACAAUGGUUAUAUGCUCUUAUUGCAAGUCGUUUUCGUCUUGUUGUAAAAACAGCAUUAAAAUUAUUACUUGUUUUUGUUGAAUAUGUCGAGACAAAUAGUUUACUCUUAGUACGUGCUGUAAGAUCAGUUGAUACAUCACGUGGUAUGAUACCAUGGACAAAUGUUAUGAAAUUACUUAAAGAUUAUGAUGCCGCUGAUACUGAAUUACUUAUUUAUGCAACAACACUUAUUAAUAAAUGUAUAAAUGGUAUACCUGAUCAGGAUACAUAUUAUGAUCAAGUUGAUUGUUUAGAAGAACAAGGAAUUGAAGGUAUUAUACAAAGAUACAUGUCAAAACAAGGAACUGAUUUGGAUUUGUUAAGACAAUUUCAAAUUUAUGAAGCUGUUUUACAUCAUGAAGAUGGUAAUGAUUGGGGUUCACCUAUCAGACAAUUGGAUGACAAUAUUAGAAAAACAUUGAGAAAUCGUAAAUCUUUGGUUGAUUCACAAGAACGUAGAAAAUCUCGUAGACAUUCGACUGGUACAUCACCACUAUCAAUGUCUUUGAAUUCACGUUUAAGUCCACGUUUGAAUCAUUCAAUUGGACUUAAUUCAUUAAAUGGAACACUAAAUUCAAGCCUACCAGACGACGACGAUGAGUCGAGUAGUUCACAAAGCUCACAAGGUCUUGGUGAUGUUCAGCUUAAUGGAAGUUACAAGGAGAACAAAGGUGGAUAUCCCACUGAUGUUGGUGUUACACCAGCAUUGAGACGUAGACGUGAACGUGCUGAACGUCAAAGAAGUUUUAUACGUGAACAACAAGAAGCCACAGCAAACAUGAGAGCUUCAAUUGGUAAUACUGAUGAUUCAGAAGGAAUUGUUACGAAUGGCUUGCGUUAUACAAACGGUACAAGUUACAAUGACUCAUCGAGUAACAUAAUUUGUCGUGUAAAUAGUAGAAAAGAUCUUACUCCAAUAAUAAAUGUUGCAAAUAAACUUGAUUCUGAAGAUAAAAAACCAUGGUAUGGAAAAAGUCCAGAUGAAGGAGUUGAGUGUGAUGAAGGUAAUCAUACAGAUGAAGAUGAAGAUCGAAGGGUACUUGUGCAAAUGAAACGAGAAGGUACUGUUAAAGACUUGACACAAAAAUUAGUUGCACAAAAUCUCAUACCAAGUAGUCCAGUUGAGGAAAAAGUAUCAAGGAUAGGAGAUAUGAGUGGUUUAAUAUCAAAAGCGAAAGAGGGUCUUGCAAAAUCAAAAUCAAAAGCUGAUAUAUUAAAAUCACCAACUGGUGAAAAUAUUCCAAAAAUAACUGAAAUAAAAAAAUCAGAAAAUGAAUUACACUGGGAAGAAUUAAUAAAUAAAUUAAAACGUCCAUUAUCAUUAUGUGAUUUAGAUUUUACUGAUUUAAAUUCAGAUGAUGAAAUAGAUGUACUUGGUCCAGUAAAUAUAACAAAUGGUAUACCACCACCUCCACCACCAAUGGUAACACAAAUGAAUGGUACACGUGUACCACCACCACCACCACCAGUUGGAAAAUUUCCACCACCUUAUACAAAUGGUACAUCACAAGUAUUUGGUGUUAAUCUUAAAUCAACAAGAACAUCACCAAUUAAUGAUACAAGUGGUUCAAUCAAAACUACACCACCAACAUCACCACAAUUAAUACCAAAAAAAAGUAAAAAAACAGUUAAAUUAUUUUGGAAAGAAGUUAGAGAUGAUCCAAUAAUAUUAACACGUUUGGAUAAAAAUAAAAUGAUUUGGGAUGAAUUACAACCGGUACCAGUUGACACACAAAAGCUUGAACAUCUUUUCGAAUCAAGAGCCAAGGAUCUCAUCACCAAGAAACAGCAAGAGAUGAAUAAAAAUAAAGAAAUAAUUGUGUUGGAUCAUAAAAGAUCAAAUGCCAUUAAUAUUGGUAUGACAAAAUUACCACCACCAAGAUCAAUAAAAACAGCAAUUUUAAAAAUGGAUGCAACAAUUAUGAAUCGUGAAGGUAUUGAGAAACUUUUAACAAUGCUACCAACUGAAGAAGAAAGAUCACGUAUUCAAGAAGCACAAGCAGCAAGUCCAGAUUUACCACUUGGUUCAGCUGAACAAUUUCUUCUUACACUUGCAUCAAUAUCUGAAUUACCAGCACGACUGAAGCUUUGGGCAUUUAAACUUGACUUUGAAAACUCUGAAAAAGAAAUUGCAGACCCUUUGAUGGACCUGAAGCAAGGAAUGGAAACUUUAAAAAUGAAUAAAACGUUUCGUGGUAUUCUCAGCACGCUUUUAUCAAUCGGUAUAUUUCUCAACGGAAAUGAGGUUAAAGGCUUUCAACUUGAAUAUUUAGCAAAAGUACCUGAAGUCAAGGACACUGUUCAUAAACACUCUUUGUUACAUCAUUUGUGUCACAUGGUGAUGGAAAAGUUUUCAGAAUCAACCGACCUUUAUUCAGAGAUAGGAGCAGUGACGAGAGCAUCAAAAAUUGAUUUUGACGAGCUUGCAUUGAAUAUUAGCAAACUUGAAAGUGAGUGCAAAGCAUCCUGGGAUCAUCUUAAACUCAUUGCAAAACAUGAUGGCUCAACAAUGAUGAAAGUCAAAAUGUCAGAUUUUUUGGCUGAUUGUGCUGAAAGAAUAAUUGUACUUGGUAUUGUUCAUCGACGUAUUAUCAAUAGAUUUCAUAAAUUUAUACUUUGGUUGGGUAUACCAUUGCAUCGUGUACAGGAUACAAAACCAAAUGAAUUUUGUAGAGUUGUAUCUGAAUUUGCAUUGGAGUAUAGAACAACGAGAGAACGUGUUUUACAACAAUUGGAAAAAAAAGCAAAUCAUCGUGAAAGAAAUAAAACAAGAGGAAAAAUGAUAACAGAGUCUACUGUCUUUUCAAAGGUGGGCAAAUUUCGAACAAAAGAGGAUAGAGCUGAUGCUGAACUCAGACAACUACUUGGCAGUGAUAUUUCUGAUGUUGAAAGUAAACAUGGUACUUUAACAUGGCGUCGACAACGUAAAGAUGGACGUACUUCUCUUGGUCCAAUCCUCAGGGAUGAAACAGUAAAUGGCAACGUCACAGAUGGUGAUGAUGAGUUACUUGAGUCCCUUGUGAAAACAGCAACAAAGUCACCAGCAACAAGAACAACACCCAGAGAAAGAAAACGAACGAGACACGCCGAUCGUAAGUCUUUGCGUAGAACAUUGAAGAAUGGACUAUCAGAAGAAGAAAAGAAGCACCUUGCUGCGUACAUUAAAAGCUACUGAUUAAAAAUUUAUUACGAUAACUGUGAUAUAAAUUGUUGUGUACGCCAUUGAUGCCUCAGGUUUUCGAUUGUAACAUGAUACUCAAAGAGGAUAAGGGUACUAUUUGUUUAUAACAAAAAAAUACAAACAAAAAAAAAGGCAUUACGAGUGCUUCGAUUAUACAAACGAUAUAAAAUUAUUAAAUCAAAAAUUGGACUAAUAUUUUUUGAUAUAGCUUUUGGGGAAUUUCAAUUUAUCUUUAUUUUUAUUUAUUUAUUUUUUUUUUUUGUGACCAAAGGAAUUUGUGUGAUUGAUCGGUUCGUUUGUUGACUUUUUUUUGUAUUUAUAUUUUUAUUAUUUUUUAUUCAUUAAAAAACACACUCGAGUUGAAAAUAUUUCUAUGCAAUUUAGUGAUAAACUUGCAUCGUUAUUUUGUUAAAAUUGUUGUUUUUAAAUUUUAUUUAUUUCACGAGUUUCUGAUUAUUGAUUAACAAAAAAAUUCAACGAGAAAAAAGUCAUGUUUCUCUGGAAUGCUUGAGAGUUUUAUUUUUCAAUUUUAUUUUCUACUUAUUAUUGCCAAAACUACGUGAACAAAAAAAAAAAAAAAUUUAGCAAAUUCCCAUCUGUUAUGAUAAAACUUUUUAAUCGUUUUUUAUUAUCAUUAUAUUUCUAUCAAAACAAUUUCUUCGUUUUUUUUCGGCAAAACGAAUCGAUCAAUUAUUUCUUUGAAUUAAUCCCCCGGUUUAAUAUUAACUGUGAUAAGAAUUAAAUAAGUUAGACGAAAUCGAAAAUAAUUAUAACUCCUUAAAAAGGAAUGAUUAAAUCUAAAUUUCAAUAAAUAAAUUAACAUUUAGAUAAAAAUAUUAUCAUCGAAAGACUCAUAGUCAACUUGCCUUAUUGUAUACGAAAUAUAUAUAUAUUUUUUUUUCUAGAAAAAUUGAUAUAAAAGUAAUUUAAUUAUAAAAAAAGAAAAUAUAUAAGCCU